GAGGGUUUAGGGCCCGCACUUCGAACUGCAGAUGAUCACAGUCUUUCUGCAGGAAAGAUCCAUCCAUUGCUGAUCGAUGUGGCUGCUUGUUCCCGAGCUGGCUGCCUUUCUCGCCUUCGCCGUCACGCCCACAGGCGCAAAGAGGAGGGACGGGAGGAGGCUGCAAGGUGGGUACGAAAGACAGGGCCUGCAAGCACAUGUGUGUGUUUGCGUGGUUGUAUAUGGAAUCAUAAUGGGAUGCAGUGGCCGGCGCAUCGGCAGAGAUCCCGUCGGCCUGCCGGUGCCCUGCCAAUUAUUGGCAGGACACUGUAUGCGACCUCGAGUGCUACAAUGAGGAGUGUGAAUGGGACGGAGGCGAUUGCCAACCAGGCACCUAGACACACAACUCACACAUGGACACAGAUGGGUACGUCAGUGCACGUGCAUGUGUGCAGGCGUGUUUUGCAGCGACUUGGAGCCCUUCUGCAAGUGGAAUGAGACCUGUGUCGGCGGCAGUGUGAGUGCAUUCGGCAGAUGCGAGAGCCUGUGCACCGCUAUCGAGUGCUCAGAAGACGCGCACGAGAUAUGCGAGGUACGUGUACACACAAACACCUGCAUGGAUCCAUACCUACACACCUGUAUGCGUGUGCGCAGGUGCAGCACACACCGCACAGCGGUGAAGGCGACGGCGUUGCUAGGUGCGUGUGUGCGGAGGGCUUCAGACGAGCCGAGGACGGCAGAUGCACUACAGGUGGGCACGGGUGCACCCUUGUGUGUACGUCACUCUCCUCAUUUCUGCGUGCAGAGCCGCCAAGCCCCCCGGCAGUAAGGCAUCCAUUGCGUGAAUGCGUGGAUGGCUUCCUUCCAUUGGUGUCAUUCCCGCCUCAUUCGCUCACUUCAGGCGCCGAUCAACGAAAGUGAUCUGACAGCGGCUGAGUACGACCAGCUGCUGACCUGGCUGGGCGGGCCAACCAGGAGCCUCGCACUGCUCUACAAGUACACACACACACACAGACGCUUCGUAUGCAAACGCCUCCGUGAUGUUUGUCCAUGUGUCAGGUCGGUUCGUGACGGCUAUUCAUUCGGCGACAUGCUCGCCAAAGUCGAGAGCGCAAGUCAGUAGGACGCGAGUCGACCACACACAGAGACGCAUAUCUGUCCACAUGAAAGAACAUCUUCCAUUCCUCCCUCCCUGACACAAUGUAGGUGGUUUGGCGUUUGUGGUAAGGAAGGACCAGUACCUUCACGGGUGCUUUGUGGGCGACCGGCUGCAGCUGCCCACAAAGGCUGCAGCGCCCACAAAGUUUGCCGAUGCAGCUGCGCAGGUCGCCCCUCCAGAGUACCGCGAGUAUGACUGCCCCGUGUGGCUAUUCUCACUGAGUGGUGGGGUGGGGUGGGGGCAAACCACACAGAGGCCAGGCUGAUGGAUGCAUGCUUGUGGCUGCAUGGUUGUGGACCAGGUCAUUUUGACAAGCCAACGAAGAUUCCAUUGCCGCCACGUGUCUACCUUGCACACACAAAUGGAACCGCGCAGGCACAGAUAUGGACGUGUGUGUGUGUGUGUGUGAGUGAGUGUAUUACAGAUGUUCAGGGCAUCCGUGUGGCGUCGCGUGAAGGCGGCGUGCCUUUGUGGUGGGGCAAGGCCAAGAUCAGCGUCACACACGACGAAUACAUCCAUUUCGGAUGGGACGACCCGAAACAAGUAAGACAGCCAAUCAGUCGCACACACCCACACCCACACGCACAGUGUGUCUGUCGGUCUGUGUGUGUUACGUGUGUGCAUCAGAGCGAGAAUCUCCAGUCGAUGCUGCACUUCAUCCCCAAGGACGACACGCCCCCUGCAUAUAGGGGUGAGGUGGACGAGGACGGCGAUGCGGUGUUGGGGGGCACGCUGCACUUCAUGGCCGACUCGCUUGAAAUACUACAUGUCACGUAGCUGACUGUCUAACGAGUUGGCUCCGCUCAGCUGUGCUCGCUGUCUAUCUUUGCCCAUGUGCCUGUAUGUGGUGUGUGUGGGUGUGCGUUAGUGUCUUCGCGUCUGUGUUGUGUGUGUGGUGUGUGUCUUGCCUGUCUGCAUUUGUCACUCCCAUUUUUGGUGGCCGUGAAUGUCUGACGGGUGAGUCAGUCACAUGUGUACGUGCAUAUAUAUGUGUACAGUCGAUACACCACGGCCAUGAAACCUAUGUUUGACUGCGACGCUGAGGGUCAGGUGACUGGGAGGGAAAGAGGCAGAGGCAAAGCCAUCUCCUGGGGUUUUAUGGUGUGGGCGAGAUGGCAAGAGAAAUGAAAGAGAGAGAGAGAGAGAGGGAGGAAGAGAGAGUUGUGUACUGGGCUUGGUUGACUUGAGUGAGGUGUGCUGGUGUGUGACGCCACACUGCCUGAUUGGCGGGCGUGUUGUGUGCGAUGUGUGCGUGAGUGCGUGAGCGUCCUCUUUUUGUAGUUGGUGUGUUCGGAUUUGCUCGUCAUGCCUGUCUGUCCGCCCUCCCUCCUCAAUGAAUGACAUUGAGAUGCAUAUGGAGUGUUUUUUUUUCCCUUCUUUUCCCAAGUCGCCUGCCUGCUUCAGAG